AGUCGUUUCUUCUACUCUUUCUUCCCUUUCUUCGGCUUUGUAUUGUGUCUCUGCUACGUCCCUUCCCUUCCCUCCCCCCACAUCCACGCUGGAUUGCUUGGGCAACUUCUCAUCAGCAUGACGCACACAUGGGUGCCACUCUGCUUCUUGGUACGGAAGCUUUGCGCUAGUUUCUUGUUUCUUCUCUGAUAAUUCCCUGCUGCACAUAUCAUGUACCCCGCACUUCCGCGUUGGUCCGACGUCAACAAUGGGGUCGUCCCCACCAAUCGUCGACCUUCAAAAGCGCCCACGCCUCCCCGCGCUCCUCCAACACAGGUUGAGGUCGCAUCGCCUGAGGUGCUGCUUCCUAGCGCGAGCAGCUCCCCUUCCCAGUCGUCGACGGUGCAGACCAAGAAAACUGGACACAGCGGUCCGCUCUUUGUGAACCACAACGCCGUCCCUGUAGCCGCUGCGGCGCCGCAAACCUCGGUUUCUCUGCCCGUUGCCGGACCGCCCUCUUCCUCCCCCGCACAAGGCGCCGUCCGUGGAGGAUGUGCCCAUGCGCCGGCGAAGCAGCAGCCUGGGCGAGGUGGCGGACCUAUACCGCUGUACUACCACAGUAAUCAAAACACCGCAGCUGCAAGUGGGCCUGGAGGGAGGGAAACCUCCUACGAUGCAUUGCGACCGCUGAAUGGAGCAAAAAGACAAGGCCUUGUGCGGGGCACUACCGUCGUCAACAAUGUGGAGUUGCGGCACUACUCCGCUGCACCUCUGUCACUGGGUGUGGAGGGCGUGCAGACGGGAGAAGAGGUCCUGGUGGACAGCACCGAGGUACGACACCGUAGCUUCGCCAACAACGACAGUGGCUCGUCCACCGCGUGCCAGAACCCGCACGAUCACGUGCAAGUGCCGCAGCUGAAGCGGCAGCUGGACAAAGCAAACGCUAGUAUGAAGUCGCUCACGGCAGCAAACCGGCGUCAAAAGUUGGAGUACGACGCUCAAAAGGCGGGGUGGGAGUUGCAGCUGGCGGAGUACGAGUCCCGACUCCGCGCGGCUCUGUCCCACAACCGCGAGCGAGAGGGACUGCUCUCUCAGCACGCCUCGUCAGCUGUGAAGCGCUGCAGUGCAGAGGUGCAGAAAGCGACGCAGCUUCACUCGUCCACCGUGGCUGCGCACGCCGCGGAUAAAGAUAAAUGGGAAGACGAACUCGCCUCUCUCCGGCGCGAACUGGAGGCUGCGAAAAUCGCCAUCGCCACACAGGCCGCCGCCGAGAGUGCAGAUGCUGCCCACCAAAGGGAGGUGGAGCAGCUGAAAGCGGAACUGGAAGCUCUUCGUCAAAGCUCUGCGAGCAAACAGCGCGAACUCGAAACGACCCUCACCGACGCCCAGUCAUCGCUCAACAAGACGAAAACGGAAUUGGAGGAGUGUCGCAAGGUGCAGCAGCAGUGCAACUACCUCGUGCAGCAAUGCCGCCUCUUCAUCCGGCAGGUGUGCCAGCCGGGCUUUAGCGUGGUGAAGGGCCCGUCCUUGGAGCCGGUGGAGAAGAACCGCCCGGAGCCGACGGGGUUUGUCCUCGUCCCGCUAGUUGUAUUGUUGCACGGCUACUCCUUGCUGCCGGAAGGCGAUCAGCAGGAGGUAAUUGACCACUAUGAUAACGCGGCAAAGGCACUGCAUUAA